AUGAUGCUCAUCGCGUCCAUCACCUUCUUCCUCGCGCUUGCCCAAAAGGCAUCCGCCCACUUCAAGAUCGACUACCCGCAGUGGCGUGCCGACAGCCUCAACGAAACUCUUAACUAUUCCCAGUGGACCUAUCCUUGUGGCGGCGUUCCCGAUGGCGUCGGCAACCGAACCGAGUGGCCCAUCACCGAUGGUGCCGUCCAGCUCACCCUCCACCACCCCUGGACCUAUCUCUUCAUCAACAUCGGCCUCGGUACUUCCGUCACCAACUUCAACAUGUCCUUCACGCCCAACCUGAUGAACGUCACUGGCCAGGGAGAUUUCUGCCUGCCGUCGCUGUCCGUUCCCAUGAAGGUCAGCGAUGGGACCAAUGCCACCAUCCAAGUUGUCACCAGCGGCGAUUCUGGUUCUGCUCUGUAUAACUGCGCCGAUAUCGUCUUCCGAUCUUCCGCAAAAGUCCCGGCCGGCGCGUGCAAGAAUGCCACGGGUAUGUCAGCUAAUAUCGUUGGGCAUUCAUCGGCUACGGCCUCAAACUCAUCAGCUCCGGAGGCAUGCCCGUCCUCUACCUCUACCUCCACUCAUAAUUCGGCGACGGGAAUUGCCGUGGAAGGAAUGGUAUUCGCUGCUAUGCUUGGCCUGGCCUGCAUCUUCACCGCGGGUGCGAUUUGAUGAAGAAUACCAUCGUCUUCAGGGAGAAUGUGGAAGUUGGACGGGGUGCAACAAGGGACUUGCGCAAGAUUCCAUCCGCUAUAUAAUUACGCUAAGUAUCCCCCGCGAGUGAAGCUCAAAAGACGGGGAAUGGCUACACCGAUGUAACGUCACGUUAGUUUGCAAGUUGCGCGAAUGCAAUGAUACUAAUAAAAAGGAAUAUGAAUUGCGACUCACUCUGCCUUGGCUUCAGUCUACGGUGAUAAAUGAAACAACAUUCGACGCUUACCCCAUCGCUAACCGUAAGGACCAGCAACAAGAACUUCGCUAAUUUAACCUCAACUCGUUGCAAUAGCUUGGCUGCGAUGCAUAGCUAACAUUUCAAUCGAAUAACUCCAAUCUGUAGAACGUUUCUAAGCCGGACCUAAAUCCUGUCA